AUGGAUUUGUAUGAUGUUAAAAAAAAGGAAUUAUAUUUAAAGAGGAAGAAUAUAAAUUUAUAUUACCACCCGAUAAGGACUUUUAAUUUAUUUUGUUUAGAACUGAAAAAUAUUUUUUUAAAUUUAUACAUAAAAAAUAAAAAAUAUAAUAAAAUAAUAUUAAUACUUAUAUCAGUUAUAUUACUUUUAUUUAAAUUAAGAAGUAGAUAUGAAUACUUAAAUAAUUUUAUAAUAUAUAUAGAAGUAAUAAUAUGGUGGUUAUCAUUAGGAAUAUUAAGUAGCAUAGGUUUAGGAUGUGGUAUGCAUUCAGGAGUAUUAUUUUUAUUUCCGCAUAUAUAUUUUAUAUGUUCUACUUCUGAACACUGUAAUUCACUGAAUUUUGAUUCAAGAGUAAACAUGUGGAGAUCUAUACUAACAUCAGGAAAUUAUUUUGAGUGUUUAGGAAGGGAUGAUGGAAACAUAACUUUAUCAGGAUUAUUUUUUAAAAUAUACCCAUACUGCUUUAUAUGGGGAUUGGGAACUGCAUUAGGAGAAUUGCCUCCUUAUUUAACUUCUUAUUAUGCUUCUAAAUCAAAGCUAAGCGAUGAUGAUUACGAAGAAUUUGAAAAAGAUAUAAAAGAAGGAAAAAAAAAUAUUAUUACAUCAAUGAAAAUAUGGAUGAUAGAUUUUAUUAAAAAAUAUGGAGCUAUUUCUGUUUUUCUCUUAUCUUGUUGGCCAAAUGUUAUGUUUGAUUUAUGUGGAAUAUGUUGUGGACAUUUUUUGAUGCCAUUUGAAAAAUUUUUUAUUCCUCUUGUUUUAGGAAAAGCUGUAGUAAAAACAAUUUUUCAGUGCUUUUUUUUAAUUUUUUUAUUUUCAAAUAAUUACAAAGAUUUACAAUUAAAGAUUUUACAAAAAUUAUUCUCAUUUCUACCAUUUCAUUCAUUUUCUAAAAAUUUGAGAGAUGUAUCUUUUCUUGAAAAAUAUAUAGAUGAAAAAAUUUCAAAUAUUGAUGAAGAACAAUUAAAAAGAUUAAAAAGAGAAUAG